AUGUCGUCGCAUCCGUCGCUCAAGGCGACCUUCGCCAGUCGGUCUGAGACGGCCACUCAUCCUCUCAACCGACACCUCUUCAAGCUCAUGGACCUCAAGGCCUCGAAUCUUUGCCUCAGCGCCGAUGUCGCAACCGCCCGCGAGCUCCUCUACUUUGCCGACAAGAUUGGCCCCUCCAUCGUCGUCCUCAAGACCCAUCAUGACAUGGUCUCCGGCUGGGACUUUGACCCCAAGACGGGAACCGGCGCGAGGCUCGCCGCUCUAGCUCGCAAGCACGGCUUCCUUAUCUUUGAGGAUCGCAAGUUUGGCGACAUUGGUAACACGGUCGAGCUUCAAUACACCAGCGGUGCCGCGCGCAUCAUCGAGUGGGCACACAUCGUCAACGUCAACAUGGUCCCCGGCAAGGCUUCGGUCACGUCCCUGUCCAACGCUGCCGCCAGAUGGCUCGAGCGAUACCACUACGAGGUCAAGACGUCGAUCAGCAUCGGAACUCCCACGGCCAGCCAGUUGGACGAGGACAGCGAACGCUCAGAUGCCGAGAACCAAAACGACCACGCGGAACCGCCUCGAGCCGACAACGGUCGUAAGGGUAGUAUCGUCUCGACCACGACGGUCACGCAGCAGUACGAGUCGGCCGAUUCACCACGUCUUGUCAAGACGAUCCCCGAGGGCGACGAGGCAGUAUUUCCCGGUAUCGAGGAGGCGCCGAUCGAGAGGGGUCUGCUUAUCCUGGCACAAAUGUCCAGCCAGGGCAACUUUAUGAACAAGGAGUACACGCAAGCCUGCGUCGAGGCCGCGAGGGAACACAAGAGCUUUGUCAUGGGAUUCGUCUCACAGGAAUGUCUCAACUCACAACCCGACGAUGCCUUCAUUCACAUGACACCUGGCUGCCAACUGCCCCCCGAGGGCGAGGACGAGAACGCCGCCAUCAAGGGAGACGGCAAGGGCCAGCAGUACAACACGCCACAGAAGAUCAUCGGCGUCGCCGGUGCCGACAUUGCCAUCGUCGGUCGGGGCAUCAUCAAGGCCAGUGACCCCGAGGGAGAAGCUGAGCGAUACCGAUCGGCAGCUUGGAAGGCUUACACGGAACGGGUUCGCUGA